AUGGAGUCUGUUCCGGUAUCGCAAAUUAACAGGCCCAGUUUUUAUAUGCCUCAUCAUGCAGUAGUAAAGCCCGACAAUAUAGAAAACGGCACUGCGUCUGCUCCAUUUUUAGCUCUUCGCGUGAUGAAGCAGCUGGCCAUCGAUGGAGCUGCCAACUAUCCAGAUGCCGCUGCAAUCCUGCAACAUACGCUCUAUGUUGAUGAUCUCUUCGCCGGAGCAGACACGGUUGAAGAGGCGCUGCGACGACGUGACCAGCUGAUUGCUCUGUUAGGGACUGCUGGUAUGGCCCUUAGCAAAUGGGCAGCGAAUGUACCACAGCUGCUAUCAGGUUUGAUUUCAACGUCUACGGGUGUGGUGAAUGUAAAAGCAGACGAGGUAAUAUCUACUCUUGGCCUUAAGUGGCUCCCCCAAGAAGAUAAAUUCAUGUUUUCGGUCACCGAAACGCACUCACAAUGCGAAGUAACAAAACGCUUAAUCUUGUCUAAUAUUGCUCGUUUGUUUGACCCUCUAGGAUGGCUAGCACCAAUUAUUGUCGUUGCCAAAAUCAUUAUGCAAGAUUUGUGGAUCGAUAAGAUGGACUGGGACGCGCCUACAACGCAGUCUCUGCAAGCUCAAUGGUUGCAAUUCCGAGCCAAUCUUUCAGACGUACCAAGGAUCCGAAUUCUAAGGUGGAUAAACAUAAAGGAGAAUGACGACUGGCAGCUGCACGGAUUCGCCGAUGCCUCGCAAAGGGCUUAUGCUGCAGCAGUUUACUUAGUGGUGCCUGGGUCUACGCCUAUGCUGCUUGCAGCGAAAACCAAGGUGGCGCCUACGAAGGUGCAGUCGCUGCCAAGGCUGGAGCUCUGUGCUGCUACACUGCUAUCUCGACUGACGUCGUAUCUCCUCAAUUCGUUGCAUCGUCCACCGACAGCGAUCCACUGCUGGUCAGACUCACGAGUUGUACUGGAGUGGUUGAAGGAUCACCCGUCCAGGUGGCAAACCUUUGUUUCCAACCACACAAGCGAGAUCAUCACUCGGAUUUCAUCAGCUAUUUGGAUGCAUGUGAGAUCUGCUGACAACGCUGCGGACUGUGCAACGCGAGGCCUUAGUCCCGCAGACCUUGCUACAUUUCGGCUCUGGUGGCACGGACCCGCUUGGCUUCCGCUACCAGAAGCAGCCUGGCCGUCAUCCGUCCCUUUGAGCGCUCAAGCCAUUGAGGAGACGCAUGCUCUUGCAGCCAUGGAGAGGAAUGACGAGGAAGUCAGUUUGGUCGCAGGUUGCAGCUGUUUGCCGUCGCUGCAAAAGUUUUCUGAUUUUGAGAAAAUACUGCGCAUCUUGGGCUACUGUGGGCGCUGGCUUCGGAAACCAGAUGAUGAGCCACGAGAAAGUAACAAAUUCAUCUCACUACGGGAGAGGGCUCUUGCCCAAAAUUUUUGUUACAGAGCCAUCCAGCAACAACAUUAUGACGAGGAGCGAAAGCAAUUGCUAGCGAAUAAGCUGCUUUCUAAGCGUAGUCCGCUGGCUCGUCUCAGUCCUUUUAUCUGCGAACGGGGUUUGAUCCGAGUGGGAGGUCGACUACAUUAUUCGCGACGGACGAUACCUUACAACGAGAAGCAUCCAAUUGUGCUACCAGGGGGAUGCAUUCUGGUCAAACGACUCGUCGAAGAAGUGCACAAGUUAACGCUUCAUGGUGGCGCACAACUUAUGUUGUCCCAUAUCUACCGCUCGCUCUGGAUCACUCGAGGCCCGGCCGUAGCAGCAGGAGUCUACAGGCGAUGCGUCCGCUGCACAAGAUUUGAUGGCAGAUGCUCUGCCCAGCAGAUGGGCCCCUUGCCUGCUGACCGAACGACGCCGUCUCGUGCAUUUGCCGUUACCGGACUGGAUUACGCAGGGCCCAUCCCUGUGCUGUUUUCCAGAGGCCGAGGGGCAAAAUCUACAAAAGGCUACGUCGCAAUAUUUAUUUGCCUAUUUACGCGAGCUGUACACAUUGAAAUUGUUUCGGAUUUAUCCACAGAUGCUUUUCUUGCAGCUUAUGCACGGUUCUGUGGUCGUAGAGGGGUUUGCAAGAAACUUUAUUCGGAUAACGCAACAACCUUUAAAAAAGCUGAUAAGGAGCUGCAAGCGCUCUUCGCCAAGUCGUCACCCUUUAUGGACAGCGUGGUAUCAACUUUGGCUACCCAAUGCACCCAAUGGUCGUUCAUUCCGCCACGUUCCCCACAUUUCGGCGGACUCUGGGAAGCGGCGGUGCGUAGUUUCAAGCACCACUUCCGCAGAGUCAUCGGAGAUCACUCGCUUACCUUCGAGGAGCUGUCGACGUUGGCUGCGAAAAUCGAGGCAUGCUUUAAUUCUAGGCCACUGUGCCCCCUCAGCACAGAUCCCAAAAACGCAGUCGCUCUCACUCCGGCGCAUUUUUUGACGGGCUCAUCUUUGCUGUCAUCUCCGGAGCCGUACGACGAAGCAACUCAGCCCAUUUCACUCAACGACCGGUGGAGGUUGCUGGGCAAUCUUAGAGACUCCUUUUGGUCACGUUGGAGGAAGGAGGUCCUACAUCUUUUGCAGCGUCGAAAUAAAUGGUUGGACCCAGAGCCAAACUUGCAAAAGGGGGACGUCGUUUUGUUGACGGACGAGCUCUCGCCUCCAACUCAGUGGCGCCUUGGCUUGGUCAUCGAAGCACAUCCGGGGGCUGACGGGCUUGUGCGAGUUGUCACUGUCAAGACGGCCACAUCCACGUUCACUCGUUCAGUAGUGAAGCUUGUGAAACUACCUACUGAGCCAGAGCUUGUCAACUUUUACCACCAACUGCCGACAAAAUCCGCUUCGGCUACAGAAAAAAAAAAAAUGAUUGUAUAA